CUACGUCACAGAAUUGUUUCAUCUGUGGAGGUUUAGGGAUUCUUAGCGCAAUAUGAGGAAGUAUAUACAAAUCUCAUCAAAUCUGAACACAGGCUGACUUAUAUAAUUAACGUCUUGAGGUACAGCCUAUAAAAAGACAGGAAGUCAAGACUUAGGAUCAUUAUGAGGCUGACACUCCAACCGAGCGGACGUAUUUCCAGCAGCAGCUACAAAAUGUACAAGCACUAGACGAACAUCAAUUACUGCAAGAAGAUAUGUCAGCCUGUGACGAUUGUGGUAUUGUGUAACAAGGCAUACAUGACAUAUAGAGACACUUGAAAACCUAGUGUCCAGAAAUGAUUCUCGUAAACGAAAACAAGAAUCUGUCGACGAAGAUGUGCUUAAGUCAAAAAGAUUGAUCCAGUUUAAAAUGAAAGAUAUAUAAUCGGAUGACGUAUCUGAAGAGGAACAAAGUUGAUAUAAUUAGGAUGACUUAUCCAAUGCUUCAUUUCAACGGUUAUCACUCGACAAGGAAAGAUGCCUUCGCGGGAGGCGUAUUUAAGAGGUUCCAAGACAACAGCAAAUCUAACGAAGUUUUGUGACUGAAAAACCCAAAGAAGUUUUCAUCAGGAACCACGGAUUAUGACAAAUGACAAUCUCAACCGCGAGCUGCUGAGAGCUGCCGAGAAUGAUGACAUUGACGCGGCGCGAGACCUUUUAUCAAAAGGUGCAGACCCAAACGAGAUUAAAGCAUUGCCAUGUGCAGCAAAAUAUGGUUACAAAGACAUUGUAAUUCUGCUGUUGGAGAACGGGGCGGAUGUUAAUGUUGGUUCUCCAUUGUCUUCUGCCGCACGUAAUGGCCAUAAGGACAUUGUAUCUCUACUGUUGGAGAAAGGGGCGAGUGUCAACAUGGACGAUGCAUUGGGAAGAGCGACACAUUGGGGCCAUACGGACAUUGUUACAAUGUUGCUGGACAAUGGGGCGGACGUUAAUCAGGCAAUGCCUUGAAAAUUGUUAACAUUGUUUUUCAAAACGAUUCUUUUGUCAUCAUUAAUGCUUUAUAGCCAAUAUUUCGUUUUUA